AAGAUGUCUCGUUCGUUUCUAGUGGACUCGUUGAUCAGUGACAAGCCAGCGCCAGCGGUGAAAAAAAGUUUCCCCUAUGCGGGUCCCUUCACACAACUUCCAGUGACUCCGCCGGGAACGACACUGCCCUACUCGGCUUGCUAUGUUGGAAGCUAUCUGUUCUCGCUUGGAUUACAACAGCAACAGCAACAGCAGCAGCAUAUGCUCCAGCACCAUCCCCAACAAAGUCUGUUCCCGCACACGACCGCAUUGCCACACACACCCACCAACCAGCCCAUCGUUCCGUUCUGGCAAUCAGACGCUAAGCUCGAACUAUCCCCGAAGCUUUACCAACCGACGGAUGUUUCACCUCCGAAACUGUCCCCCAAGGAGGAUUACUACCGCAAGUUGUACCGCUGUGAAAAGACGCCAGAACGAUACGCACCCUAUCCUACCGUUUCCGGACGCCCCACCACCGAAACUUUAUCGAGUGCCUGUGUCAGUGUAACGGCUGGAACUCCCACCAUUCCAUCGGGAAGUCCAUCACCAACGCGCUCCAACGAUCUCUCCCAAACGUACACCAUCGAUGACGAGCUGUCCAGCAAGCGCAUCCGUACAGCCUUUACCAGCACCCAGCUACUCGAGCUGGAGCGCGAGUUUGCCGGCAACAUGUACCUUACCCGUCUGCGACGCAUCGAGAUCGCCACACGUCUUCGACUGUCCGAGAAGCAAGUCAAGAUUUGGUUCCAGAACCGACGCGUUAAGCGCAAGAAGGGAGAUACUCCAUUCGGGGCCGAGUUGGGUGGAGUUGCGUCCACAUCUGCUGGAGGUCGUCACUCACCGAAGGAACAUCAACAUGGUCAACACUGCUGUUGCCGUGGAUCACACUGUGGUGGUGGUGGAGGUUCGGAUUCUGAAGAUCUGCCUCAGCGAACAUCGGAAGAACGGACAACGGCUUCUCCCGUCGGCAGUCAGCAGCAAGAGAAAGCAUGGGACUUUAGCAAAGCCUACCAACAUUAG